ACACUCUAUGUAUUUUGUGGUGGAGUUGUAUACAUUGUAUUUUCUUGCAAAGAAAUUAGAUAUGACCAGGUUUUCUCUAAUUUAUGAGGAAAAAUUGGUUAUUCUGUGAAGUGUAUCGGCUUUGAUCGUAGGGAAAUGUAGGCGGGGGUGGUGUUACAAAAUGGUUUGACAAGUGAAAUUAAUAUUUCUUAUAAGUGCGGGUGUUUAUUUUUGACGAUUGUGGUUAGGAGUUGCGUUGACGACUAGUUGAAAAGUAUAUUUUGUUUGAAAAGUUUUAACCAAUCUUCUCGUAUGUAGUGCUUGUGUCAGAAGAGGUACUGUUUGGCUGUGGCGUUUGAGAGACUUUUUAACAACGGUGACCCAAAAUGCCUGCGGUUUUAAAUUUUAUAGAAGUGGAAAACUUCAAAUCAUAUCGAGGAAGUUUGGCUAUUGGUCCCUUAAAAUCAUUUACAGCAGUAAUUGGCCCCAAUGGCUCAGGAAAGUCAAAUUUUAUGGAUGCUGUCAGUUUUGUCAUGGGAGAGAAAACAACCAGCUUACGUGUGAAAAGGCUAAGUGACUUGAUUCAUGGAGCUUCAAUUGGACAACCAAUCUCUAGGAGUGCUUCUGUGACUGCAGUGUUCUUAUUGGAAGAUGGAACUGAGAAGCGUUUCACUCGUGGAGUACAAGGUUCCACAUCAGAGCAUCGGAUUAAUGGAGAGCCAGUAAGCAGUCAAGUGUACUUAGCAGACCUUGAAAAACUGGGAAUUAAUGCCAGAGCCAAGAACUUCUUAGUUUUCCAAGGUGCAGUUGAAUCCAUUGCUAUGAAAAAUCCUAAAGAAAGAACUGCAUUAUUUGAAGAAAUCAGUGGGUCAGGAUCUCUUAAAGAUGAAUAUGAAAGGUUGAGAAAUGAGAUGUUAAAAGCUGAAGAGGAAACACAGUAUACUUAUCAAAAGAAGAAAGGUAUUGCUGCCGAGCGUAAAGAAGCCAAGAUAGAAAAGGAGGAGGCAGAAAAAUACCAACGAUUGAAAGAAGAUCUGGCUGAUAAACAAGUGGAAUUACAACUAUUUCGCCUUUAUCAUAACGAAAGAGAUAUUGCUUCUCUGGAGCGAGAAUUAGAAAAAAAACAACAUGAAGUACAUAAGGUGGAAAAGCGUAAGGAGAAAGCAGAAGAGCAACUUAAAGAGAAAAAGAAGGAGUGUGGAAAAUUAUCAAGAGAUUUGGCAAAAACGGAGCAGGAUAUACGUGAAAUGGAAUCAGAAAUAAACAAAAAACGACCUACAUUCAUUAAAUCUAAAGAACGUGUGGCACACAUUCAAAAGAAAUUGGAAUCUGCUCGGAAAUCAUUAACACAGGCAAAGAAAGCUGAUGCAGCUCAUGAACAAGAUAUUCGUGAACUGGAAACAGAAUUGGCAGAAGUUGAAGGAAAGAAGAAAGAAUACGAAGAUAUGGUUGCUGGAGAAUCUCAGAGCCAAGGCCGUGACGUUCAUCUGGAGGACGCUCAGGUCCAAGAGUACCAUCAGUUAAAGGAAGAAGCAGGGAAGAGGUCAGCCAUGUACUUGCAACAACUGGAUUCAGUUAACAGAGAGCAAAAGGCAGAUCAAGACCGUUUGGAUAAUGAAGGACGUAAGAAAACCGACAUAGAAAAUAGGUUAAGACAGAAGGGUCAUGAGAAGCAAGAAGCCACAAAACGUGUGGAGAAAUUAAUAGAACACAUAAAGUCAAGCGAAUCUGCUUUGGAAGAUCAGCGGAGAUUAAGAGAAGAUCUACAGAGCGAUGUUGGCACUUCAAAAGAACGUGUUCAAGAACUUCAAAAAGAACUGGAAAGUGUAGUAGAACAGUUAGGAGAUGCUCGUGUUGAUAAACAUGAAGAUUCCCGUCGCAAAAAGAAGCAAGAAAUCGUUGAAAAUUUUAAGAGGCUUUACCCUGGCGUGUUUGAUCGUAUGAUUAACAUGUGUCAACCUAUUCACAAGAGAUACAAUGUUGCAAUUACCAAAGUUCUUGGCAAGUAUAUGGAAGCUAUUGUUGUAGAUACAGAAAAAACUGCUAGGCAAUGCAUUCAGUAUUUAAAGGAGCAAAUGCUGGAACCUGAGACUUUUCUUCCUUUAGAUUACAUUCAGACCAAGCCAUUGAAAGAGCGCCUUCGGAAUAUUAAGGAACCAAAGAAUGUUCGUCUUUUGUUUGAUGUUCUGCAUUAUCAACCAACUGACAUAAAACGAGCUGUUCUUUUUGCAACAAAUAACGCACUGGUAUGUGAAACUCCAGAGGAUGCUAUGAAAGUGGCAUAUGAAAUGGAUAAAAAUCGCUAUGAUGCUGUUGCAUUGGAUGGUACAUUUUAUCAAAAAUCUGGCAUUAUUUCUGGUGGUAGUCUUGAUCUUGCUCGCAAAGCAAAACGUUGGGAUGAAAAACACAUGUCACAGUUGAAAGCUCAAAAGGAAAAAUUGACAGAAGAACUGAGGGAAUCUAUGAAAAAAUCUCGCCAAGAAUCUGAAUUAAAUACUGUGGAUUCUCAAAUAAGGGGUUUGGAAACACGUUUGAAGUACUCAAAAUCAGAUAAAGAAAAUACGUUGAAACAGAUUAAACAACUUGAAGGUGAAUUGGAGUCUCUGAAGACACAAAUGGAGAACUUUGGGCCUGCAAUUUCUGAAAUUGAAAGGACCAUGCGCAACCGCGAUCAGCAAAUUCAGGAAAUUAAAGAGAAUAUGAAUAAUGUAGAGGAUGAUGUUUUUCAGAGUUUUUGUUCCCAAAUAGGUGUGGCAAAUAUCAGACAGUAUGAGGAGCACAAUGUCUUGCGUUGGGAGCGAGCUGUUCAAGAUGAUGAAGAUGCUUUGGAAACAGCUAAGCAGGCUGAACAGAAGCAAAUGGGGGAGAUUGAUCGUGAUAUGCGUGAAUUGGAUGGCCUGAAAUCUGAGCGUCUCAAUAAAAAGACUGAAGUAGAUGCAAUGGAGGAUCAAAUUGGAAAGGCUAGGCGAGAAAUGGGAUUAAUUGCAAAAGACAUUCAGGCUGCUCAGAAGCAAGUGACUGCUCUGGAAAGCCGAAUAGAACAGCGGAAGGCAGAUAGGCAUGGUAUUCUUAUGCAGUGCAAGAUGGAAGACAUAGCUAUUCCUAUGCAAAGAGGAAACAUGGAAGAUAUUGCCCAAGAAUCAUCUAUUGCAGAGACAUCAGAAGCAACAGACACAAGUUCAAUGACUCAAAUUUAUGAUCGAGAAAGCAGGAUAAGAAUGGAUUACUCUUCACUAAGUGAACAUCUCAAAGAACUUGAUGAAGCAGAUGAUGUGAAGAAAAUGGGAGACAAACUUAACAAAGCUAUAAAUGACCUUCAGAAUACAAUUCAAAGAAUUCAAGCACCUAAUAUGAGGGCAAUGCAAAAGUUAGAUAUGGCUCGUGAAAAAUUACAAGAAACCAAUGAAGAAUUUGAAUUGGCUAGACGACAUGCUCGAAAAGCAAAAUUGAACUUUGAAAAAGUGAAAAAAGACAGACAUGAUCGUUUUAUGAAUUGCUUUGAGCAUGUAGCCAAUGAAAUUGAUACCAUCUAUAAGUCUUUAGCUAAGAACCAAUCUGCCCAAGCAAUUCUUUGUUCAGAAAACCCUGAAGAACCCUAUUUAGAUGGCAUAAAUUACAACUGUGUUGCACCUGGAAAGCGUUUCCAGCCAAUGUCAAAUUUGUCGGGAGGAGAGAAGACAGUUGCAGCUCUUGCACUAUUAUUCGCCAUUCACAGUUAUCAUCCUUCACCGUUUUUUGUCUUGGAUGAAAUAGAUGCAGCAUUGGAUAAUACAAAUAUUGGCAAAGUUGCAAGUUAUAUUCGAGAACGAACUUCUUCUCUUCAAACCAUUGUUAUUUCAUUAAAAGAGGAGUUCUAUGGUCAUGCUGAUGCUCUUAUUGGAAUUUGUCCAGAUGCUGGAGAAUGUUUAAUUAGUAAAGUGCUUACAUUGGAUCUUACUCAGCAUCCUUCUCAUGUUGAACAAGAGAAAGACCAGUAUGGUAGACAUAUUGGACAAUGAGUAUAGUUGCUUGAACACUUGCUUUAGAAGAAAACACUUGGUUUAGAAGUGAAUACUUGCUUUAGACUGAUAUGGUCAGAUGAUGUUCAUUGGAAACAUUGAUCUAUUUUUUUAUAUAUCAAAAAUUUUUCAGGACUUUCCUGUGGUUUGUUUUGUUAAUAAUUUGAAAAUUAGUGCUAUUUGAUGUAUGUUGUAUUGUAAAAUAUAAUUAUUGACAUUUAUUUAAAAACUAAUGCUUGUAGACAUGAAAAACUAUGGUUUCAAAAAGUAUGAAAUAAGAAUUUUGUUAUCAAAAAAUAAAGGCAUUCUUUUUUAAUGAA